AUGUGGCAAACCAAAGACAGGGUUAACGAGCUCACGACAGACAAGGGGUUAAUAUCUCUAUCGAUUCCAGGGAUUCAUGUGGAAUUUUCAUUUCUCCAACGUGCAGGCAGCAGAUGCGUCGAGGGAGAUGAGGCAAAAGGCCAAUCGUUGAGAGGAGAGUUAACUUUUCUCCCUCCCUCGGGCCAAAUCCACCCCUUCGCUCCCAUUGUUUAUUUCACUCACUUCCUUUGUCCCAUUCCUGGCAUGCAGAAGCCUGUCAAAAACUCCCUGUGUGUCUUUCUGCCUCUUCUACCUCCGAAUCGGCCAGGACUCUGUGAGAAAAAUGUUGCCAAAGCAGUUGCUUGGUACUUUGAUUGUUUCUUGCCCAUCCUGAAGCUGAGUGGUUCGACUGCAACUGGUGGAUAUGGAAAGUUGCGAAAGAGCUCCGCUUUGGCAUGGCAGGAACCCUUGAAGACCAGGAUCGGAAUGAGGAAGCAAUUCUCAGCGCUCAGAGGUCUGACGGAAUCUGAUAAGAAUAAAACGACUGCCUGGAUUCGGGGCAGAAGGAAACUUUCGAGAGAUUUCAAGUGA